GCACACAGUCAUCGUGAUAAACGCGUGUUUAUGUUAUGCUGAACUUCUUAAAUUCCACGCUUCUGUAAUCACCAAAUAUUUGAGUCUUAAUACUAGAAUAUAUACCCACACACCGCCGACAUGAAGCUGUUAACACACAACAUGUUGACCUCGCACGUUAAAGGUGUUACCAAAGGAUACCCGCUCAUUAUCAAGGCAACAGAAGUGAAAGUGAACGAGUUGGACUUCAAUGCUCAGUUUGUGAGUCGAAUGAUUCCCAAGCUGGAAUGGCCUGCUUUGGUCCAGGCAGCAGAAUGGCUUGGUCAGUCUCAAGAACUGCCCGACACGCUCAUACCCGACUAUGAGAAUGAUGAGGAGUUCCUACGCAAAGUUCACAGAGUUCUUCUUGAGGUGGAGGUUAUAGAGGGAUGUUUACAGUGUCCUGAAUCUGGCCGAGAGUUUCCCAUCUCUAAAGGCGUUCCCAACAUGUUACUCAACGAAGGAGAGUAGAUUAAGAUGUUACACUUAUUCUGCAAAGACAAGAUCCAUACUCUGUAUUGACCCCAGAUGUUUUGUGUAGACAUUUGUGCUACUGCUUUCUUCAAAGAAGAAACACAAUUCACAAGUUAUUCGGAAAUACUCUGGAAAUAGCAGUUUCAUUUACUGUCUUCAUGUUGCUAUGAAAAUUGAUAUAGUUUUUUUCUGUCAUUGUUUGUUGUGCUUUGUAAAAUAUAUCAAAUAAAUUUGUAUUGAUUGAAGUUA